UCCGUCGUCUGGCACGGUUUGACAACUGCGAGAGGUGUCAGGUACACGUCGUCAACAGAUUUCUGAAGGUUUGACGGGCGCAUAGCUUUAUAUGCGAUACCGGGAGCGCGCUCGUCGUCUCUCUGGGAUCGCAGUGCUAUUCACGAGCCACGUAACUUGACUGACGAGGAGAGCGUCGUCGCAAAGUGUUCGCCCGGGAGAUCUCGGAGGAUCUAAACGCGCCAGCGAGGAGGUUAGAUUUUCCAAGUCGCCUACAAUUCCUCUGCAGAGAGUCAUGGCGAGCUUGCGAGACCGGCAGAUAAACGCGCUGAAGCAAAUGCUGAAUUUCAAUCGGUCCGAGCCGCGACUGGAGGAGGCGGUGCCGACGUGGAAGAUCCUGAUCUACGACCGCCUCGGCCAGGACAUCAUCUCGCCGCUGAUAUCGGUGAAGGAGCUGCGCGAGCUCGGUGUCACGUUGCACAUGCAGUUACACUCGGACCGCGACAGCAUCCCCGAGGUGCCGGCGAUCUACUUCUGCGCGCCGACGGACGAGAACCUGGGCAGGAUCGGGCAGGACCUGCAGAACGGCCUGUACGACAUCUAUCACCUGAACUUCAUCUCGCCGAUCUCCCGGCAGAGGAUGGAGGACCUAGCGGCCGCGGCGCUGCUCGGCGGCGUCGUCGCCAGCAUCCACAAGGUGUACGACCAGUACGUCAACUUCAUCACGCUGGAGGACGACCUGUUCAUGCUGCGCCAUCAGAACAGCGACGCGAUAUCCUACCACGCGAUCAAUCGCGGCGACGUCAAGGACAGUGAGAUGGAGUGCGUGAUGGACGUCAUCGUUGACUGUCUGUUCUCGGUGUUCGUCACGCUGGGCACUGUACCUAUCAUAAGGUGUCCCAGGGGCAACGCCGCUGAGAUGGUCGCCAAGAUGAUCGACAAGAAGCUGCGCGAGAACGUGUGGGACGCGAGGAACAACCUGUUCGAGGGCGAGCCCUGCGCUACCGGUCACUACAGCUUCCAGAGGCCGCUGCUCAUCGUGUUGGAUCGCAACGUCGACAUGGCCACACCGCUGCAUCACACAUGGACGUAUCAGGCGCUGGCGCACGACGUUCUGGAGAUGGCACUGAACCGGCUGGUCGUCGAGGAGAGCGUGGGCCGUUCUCCCGCGGGUGGCACGCGCUCCAAGACGCGCGCCUACGAGCUGGACAACAGAGAUCGUUUCUGGUGCCAACACAAGGGCAGUCCGUUUCCCAGAGUGGCGGAGGCGAUCCAGGAGGAGCUCGAGCAGUAUCGCACCUUCGAGGAGGACGUGAAGAGGCUCAAGUCGUCGAUGGGCAUCGACAACGAGAGCGAGGUAGCGCUGUCGAUGGUGUCUAACAACACGGCGCGGCUCACGAGCGCGGUGAAUUCGCUGCCGCAGUUGCUGGAGAUGAAGCGGCUGAUAGACAUGCACACGUCGGUGGCGACCGGUAUCCUGAACGCGAUCAAAUCGCGGCGGCUGGACACCUUCUUCGAGCUGGAAGAGAAGAUCAUGAGCAAGCAGACGCUCGACAGGAGCGUGCUCGAGACUAUCGGCGAUCCGGACUGCGGUACGCCCGAGGACAAGCUGCGUCUCGCCAUCAUCUAUUACAUCUGCACGAACACGUCCGACGCGGAGUACGGCAAGCUCGAGGCAGCUCUCACCGCGGCCGGCUGCGAGCUCAGCCCGUUGGUCUACGUGAAACGACUGCGCAGCUAUACUAGGAUAGCCGAGAUCCAGAGCAACUACGAGGGCGGCGGCACCAAGACCGUGAGCAUGUUCUCCAAGCUGAUGAACCAAGGCUCGUCGUUCGUCAUGGAGGGCGUGAAGAAUCUGGUAGUGAAGAAGCACAAUCUGCCGGUCACCAAGAUAGUGGACGAGCUGAUGGAGUCCAAGCAGUCGUCACGGACUGAGGAGUACCUCUAUCUCGACCCGAAGCAGCUCAAGCACACCGAGCACAUGCCGAAGAACCGACCGACCUUCCAGGAUGUGAUAGUCUUCAUGGUGGGCGGCGGCAAUUACAUCGAGUAUCAGAAUCUGGUGGAUUACGUGAAGCAACGCAGCGGUGCCGGCGUGAACAAGCGAGUGAUCUACGGCUCGACGACCUUUAUCAACGCCAAGCAAUUGCUCAAGCAACUCUCUCUGCUCGGGCAGGAGGUUCACUCGUGAACGCGCGACGCUCGUCGCUCCUAUCAUUUCUUGCGUUAUCUCGGAUCACGCUUUUCCUUAAUAAAACUGUCAGUAGCUCUUGUACAAAGUGUACGAUAAAAAAUAAAAUGCGGCCCAUUGUUUUUAGC